AUGGGCGACACGUUAGGCGCCAUCGUGGAGUACUUGGAGCGCAACAACCUCCACAGGGCCGCGGAGGCGCUGCGACUCGAAAUGUCGCAGAAGCAGAAACGCCCUUCGCAGAAGCUGCCUUCUCACAAGUUCCAGCAGUCCUCUCCUCCCGCCGCCUCCGCCGCCGCCGCCGCCGCCGCCUCCUCCCGCCCUCCGCCGGACCCGUCCGAUAUGGACGUUAAUCUCUUCCUCUGGAUGAAGCAGGACCAAAUGUUUAAUCGCGGCUCCGGGUUUGCCGGGGCAGGAGGCGGCGCCAGCAGCGGCGGCGGGACCGGCGGGGGAAACAGCGGCGGACCCGGCGGCGGGUUCGCGGGAUUCGCGGGAUUCAAUGCGAUCGCGCGGAGCAACACGGCGCCGUCGCAGUUUUUGGAACACGCCGGCCUGCCGUGGUCGCCCGCGCACUCUCCGCCCAUGGCGCAAUCCCCCUCCGCCACUCCCCCCUUGUCCCAAUCCCCCUCCGCCACUCCCCCCACCCAAUCCCCCUCCGCCACUCCCCCCACGCAAUCCCCCUCCGCCACUCCGCCGGGCCGCUCUCCUCGUCAGCCGCCGCAGACUCUCGCAUCCUCGGGAGCACCUCCUAAGAGCGAGCAUCCGUUUUCGUCCGCGUAUUUCCCGAGAUCCCCGUCCCUGCCGUCCGCCACGUCUCUGCCGUCCCCCCGGUCCCUGGACGUAGUUCUCGAGGAGGAUUCGUCUCUGCACGCUGCCGCUCUUGCCGAACCGAAUAGCUCAGGUUCGGCAGCAGGCGUGGGAGCAGGCUCGGCUGCAUUAGGUUCAGCAGCAGCAGGUUCGGCGUCAUCAGCGCCGUCGGAUCGGGAUUUCAGUGCGACGGGAGGGGAGGAAGCAGAGAGCUGCAAUCUCGUUCCUCUCGUUCCUCUUCUCGUUGCAGACCCAAUUCUCGGCUUAACCGAAUCCCCUCCUAAAGCUGCUCCGAUAUUGGAUAUAAGCCCUUCCCCUCCUAACGCCCCCCCAGUCGCGUCCGCGUUAGACAGCGGUUUUCCCCGUUUGAAGCCGAUUCGCCUCAGUGCAGAGAGCCGCGACGGGGUGAAUCUGGUCGCGUCGCUGGACUUCGGGAUUGGCUCCCUGCGGGAGAGCAGAGGGGGCGGGGAGAGGGACGGCGGGGGAAGUGACUGGGGCGCAGGGGGAAGCGCAAGGGGCAGCGGGGGAAGCGCGAAGGACAGCGGGGGCAGUGCAAGAGGGAGCGCGGGAAACGAGUUCGAAGGUGUGGGGGGGUUGGGAGAGGUGGGUGUGGGUGCAGAGGUGCUUGAGUUUGCCGCGGUACCUGGUGUGGGGGGGAUGGGGGAAGCGCAAGCAUUGGCGCAAGUGGUCACAACACCGCAGCAGCAGGGGCAGUUAGGGGCGGGGCAGCAGGGGGCGGCGGAGGAACGAGCGGCAGGCAUCAGGGGAGCGCAGCCCCGUGGGCAGCAGGGGCAGCAGACCGGGCAGCAGGGACUAGGGCAGCUUCAGCGGCAGGCAUCAGGGGAGCGCAGCCCCGUGGGGUCCUCUGCACCCUCCUCCGCGCCCUCCUCGCCCCUCCCUACAAUCACAAUCGGCCCCGUGGUCGUGGGCUCACAGGUGCUGUCAGAAGAAUUCGGUAUAAGGCGAACGCAUGGCGCCGGCGCGCUGGCAGGAGGAGGCGGGUCAGGGAACGUGGCGAGAUCGCUUGAGUCGACUAGGCAUUCCCCUCGGGGAGCGUUGGCAGGAGCAGGGGGGUCAGGGAAUGUAAUGGGGGGCUUUUCUCAGGAGCUGACCCGAAGCUCUCCUCUUGAGCUGACUCGGAAUUCGCCCAGGGGCGGGUUGGGAGGUUCGGGAGGGUCCGGGUCUGUGCUGUCUCGUUCGGGGACGGCGGACGGAUCAACGUCGGUGGUAACCAGGUCCACGUCAGCAGCUGCUGAGUCAGACGCGGGGGAGCGCGGGCCGGGGGUGGAUUAUAGCGAGAUGCUGCUGAUAGAGGGUAGUGGGUCGGACUCUGACGCGUAUGAGGAGGAGGAGGACGUGGGGUAUGUGAGGAGACUAGUGGAGGACGAGGAGAGGUUCUUAUUGUAUGAGCUAGACUCGGAGACUGAUGAUGAGAAGGGCAGCAGUAGUAAGGUUUCAGUGGGUAAGGGUGAAGGCGCAGGUGUAUUGAAGGAUGAGAAGGGAGGCAGCAGCAGCAAGGGAUCGGAGGGUAAGAGCAUGGGAGAGGGGAGUGCAUUGGAUAAGGACUUGUCGGUUCGUGAGGCAGAGAAGGGGAGCAGUAGUAAGGUUGCAGUGGGUAAGGGUGAAGGCGCGAGUGCAUUAAAGGAUGAGAAGGGGAGCAGCAGCAGCAAGGAAUUGGUGGGUAAGAGUGCGGGAGAGGGGAGUGCACUGGAUGGUGGGAAGGAAAGCAGCAGCAAGGUAUCAGUGGGUAAGAGUGCGGGAGAGGGGAGUGCAUUGGAGGGGAGUGCAUUGGAGGGCAGUGCAUUGGAUAAAGACCUGUCGGUUCGUGAGGCAAUGGAGGGGAGCAGCCGCGGCAAGGCAGAAAACGGGGUGAAAAUGACUUCUGAAGCGGUGCAGAAGGGUAGUGGGAUAGGGGAGGGGGCGAAAUCAGGGAGCGGGGCAGCAGGCGUUGCAGGGGGGGUAGCGGGUGUUGAAGGGGGGGAGAAAGAGCGAGGGCGUGAAGGGGAGAGGUUGAACGAUGCAGCAGAGGCGGUGGAGGGAGGAAGUGAUUUUGAUCUCAUUGUGGAUUUGAUGCAUACGAGGACUAGUGACUCUGGUGGCCUGGAUUUUAGUGCCUCUAAGACGACUUUUGAGGCGCCUCAAAAGCCGAUGGAGGGAGGAAGUGCUGUGGAUCUGAUUGAUACGAGGACCAGUGGCGCUGGUGGCGUGGAUGGUGGUGGUGCCUCUAAGAGUGCUGAUAGGAAGGGUGGCAGGGGUGUGCUUUUACAGAAUGUGAUUGUAGGAGGAGGGACGAGGGGGAGUGGGGGCGGGGCAGGGGAGGGUGCGGAGGAGGGGCAGAGGGACGACGAGCAAGGGGGGGAGGGGGGAGGAGGGGCUGGGUUUGGUGAGGAUUUUGGAGGGUUUGGGGGGGGCGGAGACAGGGGAGGGAGGGAUAAGGGAGGCGGGUUUGGGCACGAUGGGGAGGGGGGGGGCUUCUCGUUCCACUCGCCCUCGAGUAACGAGGGGCUUUCGCGGGGUAACUCCGGGUGGUCGGGGCUGGGGGAGGGGUUAACCCACCCGUCCCUGGGCAGCAGCGGAGCAGCAGGCAUGGGGGAGAUAGAGCUAGAGCACGAGCUAGAGAGAAUGGGGAGCGUGGCUGAUAGCACUCUCGAGGUUUGGAAGAAACAGGCCAGUGGCACGUUCCCGAAGCUGGCCCAGACUGCCUCGGGGAACUGGGAUUUUGCGGCGGCAGGGAGUGUGGGUGGGGGAGGAGGGGAGGGGAGGAGUGGGGCAGGGAGUGCGAGGAGUAGUGUGGGCAGGGAUAGGCGGUCAAGGCUUUCUGUGGAUUCGGUUGAGGUUGGGGAGGUGGGGGAGGUGGGAGGGGUUGGGGGUGUGGGGGAGGAAGAGAAAAAGCAGGAUGCAGCGAGUGCGGGAGAAGCGGGGAGAAAAACGGCAGUGGGUAAGGUAGCGGGGAGGGAAGGAGAGGACAGAGCUGCUCAUGCGGAUGGUGCAGAGGAGGGGGCAGGGGUGGAAGCAGCGGAGGUUGCAGGAGAGAAGGCGGGGAAGGGCUCGGGAGGGGCAGGCAGUGCCGAGAAGAAGGCAAAGAGUGGAGAGCAGGCAGCAGAAGGAGGGAAUAAAGAGGCGGGGAAGGGGAAGGUGGAGGGGAGCAAGGGGAAGGAUGAGGAGGAGUUUGAGACUUUCAACUUGAGAGUUAUUCACAGAAAGAACAGAACGGGGUUCGAGGAGGACAAGGACUUUCCAGUGGUUUUGAAUUCAGUGAUAGCGGGUCGAUACUACGUGACAGAGUACCUGGGAGCAGCGGCGUUCAGCAAGGCCAUCCAGGCGCACGACCUGCACACGGGCAUGGAUGUGUGCUUGAAGAUCAUAAAAAAUAACAAGGACUUUUUCGAUCAGAGCCUGGAUGAGAUCAAGCUGCUCAAGUUCAUCAACAUGCAUGACCCUGCGGACGAGCAUCAUCUGCUGCGGAUGUAUGAUUACUUCUACCACCGGGAGCACCUCUUUAUCAUAUGCGAGUUGCUACGAGCCAACCUGUAUGAGUUCCACAAGUACAGCCCCCCUUUUUCCUCCCCAUCCACCUCCUUCCCCUUUCCAAUCCUCAUCCGCUGUUCUCCCCCCCACCCUCUCGCAGGAGCACCUCUUUAUCAUAUGCGAGUUGCUACGAGCCAACCUGAGCACCUCUUUAUCAUAUGCGAGUUGCUACGAGCCAACCUGUACGAGUUCCACAAGUACAGCCCCCCUUGUUCCUCCCCAUCCACCUCCUUCCCCUUUCCAAUCCUCAUCCGCUGUUCUCCCCCCCACCCUCUCGCAGGAGCACCUCUUUAUCAUAUGCGAGUUGCUACGAGCCAACCUGAGCACCUCUUUAUCAUAUGCGAGUUGCUACGAGCCAACCUGUACGAGUUCCACAAGUACAGCCCCCCUUGUUCCUCCCCAUCCACCUCCUUCCCCUUUCGAAUCCUCAUCCGCAUCCAGUCCAUUGCCAAGCAAAUUCUCAAGGCGCUCUCCUUCAUGCACUCUCUCGGCCUAAUCCACUGCGACCUCAAGCCCGAGAACAUCCUCAUUAAGAGCUACUCGCGCUGCCUCGUUAAAGUGAUCGACAUCGGCAGCAGCUGCUUCACGUGGGAUGCGCUGUGCUCGUACGUGCAGUCGCGCUCUUACCGGGCUCCUGAGGUUAUUCUGGGGCUGCCCUACGGGCCCAAGAUUGACGUGUGGUUGCUCGGGUGCAUUCUGGCCGAGCUUUGUUCUGGACAGGUGUUGUUCCAAAACGACUCCCUGGCAACGCUGCUGGCGCGAGUGGUGGGCAUCAUAGGGCCGAUGGACCCGACUCUCCUGCGCAGGGCCAAGGACGCCCACAAGUACUUCACACGGCACCGCGUGCUGUAUGAGAGGAACCCGGAGACGGAUGCAUUGGAGUAUCUUAUUCCCAAGAGGACGUCUCUCAAGCACCGGCUGCCCAUGGGAGAUGAGGGCUUUCUUGAGUUUGUGGCGUUCCUGCUACAGGUGGACCCCGAUAAAAGACCAACAGCUGAUGAAGCUCUUCUACACCCGUGGAUGUCACAUGAAUAUGAUCCCAUCACAUGA